AUGGCGUCGAAAGAGGCAAAACCAAAUUGUUUGCUUUUGCUUUACUGUUUGGAGGUGGAAAAUUGUGCACAGAUUGGAAUUAAUGUGGCAGAUUGUCGGAGAUUGGGAGUGCCACAAAUCCCGGCAACUGGCAUUCAGAAUGAUGCCGCCUGCCAAUAUUCUUAUAGACCUGCGCCGCCUGCGACUGGGGAAAGCAACAGAGGGUAA